GGAGAUGUUUGAACCGCUUUUAUUUUCAUUUAUAUUAAAGCACUCGAAACAGAUAGAAGUAAAUUUAGGUGCUAAUAAUAUCUUAAAAGGCGUAGUUAUUAUUUAUCAUACAUGGAGUGUUAGGACAGAAGUCAAAAAAUAAGAAUUGUGAAUGAGAAAGUAUGUAAAUUUAAAAUAAUUCCAAAUAUUAAUGCAAGCAAGUGCUUCAAAAGUGAAAGAAAAAAUAUGUUCAUUGCCUUGGUGUAAAUAAUGAUAAUUAUUAUGUUAUAAGUUAAUAAGUAGUGAAUGAGACUUAUUAGGAUAUAAAAUUAAAAGAGAAAAGAAAAAAAAAUCAAAUAUAAAAUGUCCGCUGAAUCAAGCAGUAAUAGGAUUUUAAGAAUCUGCAGUUUAUUUCUCCUUUUGUCCAAUUUGUCUUGGUGUCAAGUGUCAUCAAAUGAGGAUGGGCAUUGUAUUUGGUAUGGCGUUUGCAAUCAAGAAGGCAAAAUCAAAAAUUGCUUUUACAAUGAAACAGCAAAAGCUCUUAAUGAAACAGGAGUCGAAGCUUUGAAGCAAUGGUGCUCACAUUUACUGCCUUCAAAUUACAAAGAAGGUCAAGAAGUAUUUACGUGCUGUGAUAAUGAACAGUUGAAAAUUUUCAACGAAAACAUUAAAUUGGCAGCGAAUCUACUAAAUCGAUGCCCAUCAUGCAUGAGUAAUCUCGUGCGACAUAUUUGUGAGUUCACGUGUAGUCCAAAACAGUCGACAUUCAUAAAUGUCACUAAAACAGAUAUUAAUCUCUCAACUAAUCAAACUUAUGUCGAUGAGAUUGACGUUCAUAUCACAGAAGAAUAUAUGAGUGGAGCUUAUAAAUCCUGUAGGAACGUGCAGUUCCCUUCAUCUGGUCAGUUGGCCUUGGACUUGAUGUGUGGUGAUUGGGGAGCAUCUCGUUGUACACCAACUCGAUGGUAUGGAUACAUGGGCAAUGCAGCAUCAAAUCCUUUCGUACCAUUCCAAAUCAAUUAUCGUCCUCAUAAUACUACAAAUAAUGUCGACGGAUUUAUUCCGAUGAAUCCCCGAAUUGUUCCAUGCAACGAGUCAGCUGAUGGAAUAAAACCAGCAUGUUCAUGUGUUGAUUGCACCCUAUCUUGUCCCAAGCCACCACCACCCGAACCCGUCCCAACAAUAUUUCUUAUCUGGGGCUUAGAUGGAUAUGCUGUUGUCAUGUUUUUUAUUUUUAUUCUUGGCAGUACGAUGUUCGUAUUAGGAACAGAAUGCUGUUCAAACUCUGAAAAAGAGGUGCAGGUGGAAUCAUUCAUAAACUCAGAUCUCCGUACGCAUAUUGGUAGACGUUUAGCCGAUGGUGGAUUAUCGUCUAGCGGUGAAAUUGCAACAGAUCGUGAAGAUUCACCACUUCAAUCGAAACGAUCGAAUACAAACUUUAAUUCAAACAAAAACUAUUGCAAUUGCACCGAUAAAUGUUUAGCUGAUGAUGGAUUGUCUCCAAGUGUAGAAGUUGAACUUGACUGUGAAGAAUCGAAAUUGCAUUCAAAACGAUCGGUAACAUCAUACGACAAUGAACAAGAGCUUCGAGCACAUCCAUCGUGUGUAUCUAAUGAUAAUGAAAUGGAUGAGAGCGGAUACUUUGAGCGUCUUGGAGUGAAAACUGAGACUUUUCUUGAGAAGUUCUUCACUGCUUGGGGAACUUACUGUGCGAAUAAUCCAUGGAAAAUUCUUUUGUUAGGUCUCAUAUUUAUUGCAAUACUGGGAUACGGUUUGAAGUCACUUCAUGUUACAACAAAUCCUGUUGAACUUUGGGCUUCUCCACAUUCACGAGCUCGAAUCGAACGAAAAUUCUUUGACACACAUUUUGGUCCCUUCUAUAGAAUCGAACAAAUUAUCAUUCACGCUGUUGACUUACCAGGAAUUCAACACAACACGUCCAAUGGUGUGGUUGAGUUCGGACCUGCUUUCAAUAAAGAAUUUUUAAUUGAAGUUUACAAUCUUCAACAAAUGAUUCGUGAUAUAAACGAUUCGUCGCUGAAAGAGAUUUGUUUUGCUCCAUUGAGUGUCUCUUAUCGUGGCCCGACUGAGAUCGAAGAUUGCGUCGUUCAAAGUGUUUGGGGAUAUUUUCAAGACGACAUGGACACAUUUGAAGAAAAAGACGAAGACCCAAAUGGUUAUGAAAUGAAUUAUCUCGACAAAUUUUUGAAGUGCUUCAACAAUCCAUAUGAUCUUGAUUGCUUGGCUACGUAUGGUGGUCCCAUCGAUCCAGCUGUUGCUUUGGGAGGUUUCCUCAAAUCAGGAGAUAAUUUGGCCAAAAAUCCGCAAUAUGAAAAUGCGACCUCAGUGAUUCUAACAUUCUUGGUGAAUAACAAAGACAACUCAUCACUUUUAACACCAGCAUUGGAAUGGGAGAAGAAUUAUGUCGAAUUGAUGUUGAAUUACACCUCGUCUAACCGUUCAAAACAUCUUGAUAUUGCUUUCACAUCUGAACGGUCAAUAGAAGAUGAAUUAAAUCGCGAAUCCAAAUCAGACAUUUCAACAAUUCUUGUCUCGUAUCUCUUAAUGUUCGCAUAUAUUGCUGUGUCGUUAGGUCACGUUGACGAAUGUAAUCGAGCAAUGAUCGACAGUAAAAUCACUUUGGGAAUCGGUGGAGUGAUCAUUGUUUUAGCUUCAGUAGUAGCAUCAGCAGGAUUGUUCGGUUACAUAGGAGUGUCAGCGACUCUGAUCAUAUUUGAAGUGAUUCCAUUUCUAGUAUUGGCAGUUGGUGUCGAUAACAUUUUCAUUCUUGUACAAACUCAUCAACGAGAUAUCAAGAGGCCUAACGAAACACAUGCUGAACAUAUCGGAAGAAUUCUCGGCAAGGUCGGUCCAUCAAUUCUCUUGACCUCAAUAAGCGAGUCGACUUGUUUCUUCCUUGGUGGACUCUCAGACAUGCCAGCAGUAAAAGCAUUCGCACUCUACGCUGGCAUGGCCCUUUUCUUUGAUUUUCUUCUUCAAAUCACAUGUUUUGUGAGUCUUCUGGCUUUAGACACUGCAAGACAAGCUGAAAAUCGUUGGGACAUUCUCUGCUUCUUGCGUGGCUCGAAGAAAGAAAUGUCUAGCAGUCAUUCCACAGAGACAGUGAAAGAAGGUGUUUUGUAUAAGUUCUUCAAAGUCAUUUACGUGCCUUUUUUGAUGAAGAAACUUGUACGAACAAUAGUCAUGAUCGUGUUCUUUGGUUGGUUGUGCUCAAGUAUUGCUGUAGCGCCACACAUCGACAUUGGAUUAGAUCAAGAGUUAUCAAUGCCUGAAGAUUCGUUUGUUCUCAAAUAUUUCCGAUAUUUACAGAGUUACUUGUCUAUCGGUCCACCGACUUAUUUCGUUCUAAAAGGCGGUCUCAAUUUCUCAGCCACUCAAGACCAGAACUUAGUUUGUGGCGGUCUAAACUGUAACUUGGACAGUUUGUCAACACAGCUCUACAUUUCAUCGAAUAUUCCUGAGUCGACAUAUAUCGCCCGACCCGCUAGCAGUUGGAUUGACGACUAUUUCGACUGGUCACAAAUUGAAACUUGUUGCAGGAUAAACAAAUUCAAUGACAGUUUUUGUCCACAUUCGACUUAUGAUUCCAAUUGUAUUGAAUGUAAUAUUGAACUCAAUGACUUAAAUCGACCGGCAUCAAAUGAGUUUAAGAAGUAUAUCAGCUUCUUCCUCGAAGACAAUCCAGACUCGUCGUGUGCCAAAGCGGGUCAUGCAGCUUACAGUGCGGCUGUAAAUUUAAAGCAACAUAAUCGGAUUGAUGCCAGCUACUUCAUGACUUAUCACACAAUUCUAAAAUCAUCCGAAGAUUACUACGAAGCUCUUCGGUCAGCUCGCAAAAUAUCAGCCAACAUAACACGAACAAUUCAUGCUUCGAUGCGACUCGCAAACCGAGAUGAAAGUGAAAUUCAGGAAGUAGAAGUUUUUCCUUAUUCCGUGUUCUACGUCUUUUAUGAACAAUAUUUGACGAUGUGGCCCGACACUUUACGCAGCAUGGGGAUCUCGGUUCUCUCCAUAUUUAUCGUAACAUUCCUUCUCAUGGGUUUUGACAUUCAUUCAUCGAUUGUUGUCGUCAUCACGAUCACCAUGAUCGUAAUCAAUCUCGGUGGAUUGAUGUUCUAUUGGAGUAUUUCAUUGAAUGCUGUUUCUUUGGUGAAUCUUGUGAUGGCUGUUGGAAUAUCAGUAGAGUUUUGUUCACAUCUUGUGCAUAGCUUCAGUGUUUCAGUGCAAGAAACAAAAGUCAAACGAUCAGCUGAUGCACUCACUAAAAUGGGAAGCUCAAUCUUCUCAGGAAUCACUUUGACAAAAUUCGGUGGCAUUCUCGUCUUAGGCUUUGCACAAAGCCAAAUAUUCCAAGUCUUUUAUUUCCGAAUGUACUUGGGCAUUGUACUGUUUGGAGCCGCACACGGUCUCAUUUUCUUACCAGUUCUUCUUAGUUAUAUCGGCGUGAUGUAUCGUAAAAAGCGACCUGAUACAAGCACCGUCAACCCAUAUGACUCCACUUCUCAGCUCUACAUUUCAUCGAAUAUUCCUGAGUCGACAUAUAUCGCCCGACCCGCUAGCAGUUGGAUUGACGACUAUUUCGACUGGUCACAAAUUGAAACUUGUUGCAGGAUAAACAAAUUCAAUGACAGUUUUUGUCCACAUUCGACUUAUGAUUCCAAUUGUAUUGAAUGUAAUAUUGAACUCAAUGACUUAAAUCGACCGGCAUCAAAUGAGUUUAAGAAGUAUAUCAGCUUCUUCCUCGAAGACAAUCCAGACUCGUCGUGUGCCAAAGCGGGUCAUGCAGCUUACAGUGCGGCUGUAAAUUUAAAGCAACAUAAUCGGAUUGAUGCCAGCUACUUCAUGACUUAUCACACAAUUCUAAAAUCAUCCGAAGAUUACUACGAAGCUCUUCGGUCAGCUCGCAAAAUAUCAGCCAACAUAACACGAACAAUUCAUGCUUCGAUGCGACUCGCAAACCGAGAUGAAAGUGAAAUUCAGGAAGUAGAAGUUUUUCCUUAUUCCGUGUUCUACGUCUUUUAUGAACAAUAUUUGACGAUGUGGCCCGACACUUUACGCAGCAUGGGGAUCUCGGUUCUCUCCAUAUUUAUCGUAACAUUCCUUCUCAUGGGUUUUGACAUUCAUUCAUCGAUUGUUGUCGUCAUCACGAUCACCAUGAUCGUAAUCAAUCUCGGUGGAUUGAUGUUCUAUUGGAGUAUUUCAUUGAAUGCUGUUUCUUUGGUGAAUCUUGUGAUGGCUGUUGGAAUAUCAGUAGAGUUUUGUUCACAUCUUGUGCAUAGCUUCAGUGUUUCAGUGCAAGAAACAAAAGUCAAACGAUCAGCUGAUGCACUCACUAAAAUGGGAAGCUCAAUCUUCUCAGGAAUCACUUUGACAAAAUUCGGUGGCAUUCUCGUCUUAGGCUUUGCACAAAGCCAAAUAUUCCAAGUCUUUUAUUUCCGAAUGUACUUGGGCAUUGUACUGUUUGGAGCCGCACACGGUCUCAUUUUCUUACCAGUUCUUCUUAGUUAUAUC